AUGUCUUCUCAAGAUAAUCGCGACAAUGCUCCUAAUGGUGAUGAGCUCAACGAUUCCAUGGAUCGCUUACAAGUCAAUGAUGAGGCUCGUCUUGGCCCCGAUGGCGAACCACUCCCAAAGACCGAUGAAGAAUAUGCAGAAUCUCAACUCACCUUGAGAGCUAUUGUUUCUUCAAAGGAAGCUGGUGUCAUUAUCGGCAAAGGUGGCAAGAAUGUCGCCGACCUUCGUGAUGAGACUGGUGUGAAAGCCGGUGUCAGCAAGGUCGUUCAAGGUGUUCAUGAUCGUGUCUUAACCAUCUCAGGUGGAUGCGAUUCUAUUUCCAGAGCUUACUCCAUUGUUGCGAAAGCUUUAUUGGAGGGCGCACCACAAAUGGGAAUGGGUGGAGUUGUUUCUAACAACGGUACUCAUCCAAUCAAGUUGUUGAUCUCUCACAAUCAAAUGGGUACGAUCAUCGGUCGACAAGGACUCAAAAUCAAGCAUAUCCAGGACGUUUCCGGUGUUCGCAUGGUCGCACAAAAAGAAAUGCUCCCACAAUCCACCGAACGUAUCGUGGAGGUCCAGGGUAACCCUGAAGGCAUCCAAAAAGCCAUCUGGGAAAUCUGCAAGUGCUUGGUCGAUGACUGGGCUAGAGGAACCGGUACUGUUUUAUAUAACCCGAUGGUUCGCACUCAAACCGGUAGUUCAGGCGGUAUGGGCCAAGGCAACGUUGGAGGAACUGGUCGUGAGUAUGGUAGCUCACGUGUCAUGCGCACUGGAAAUGGUGCCGAUUUCAGUGAGAGUGCUCCACGAUCAUACAACCGCCGUUCUGAAUCGGAUGCUGCUCAACGUGGACCCCCUACUCACGAUGAGAACGGAGAGGAACUCCAAACACAAAACAUUAGCAUUCCAGCUGAUAUGGUUGGAUGUAUCAUUGGUCGGGCUGGUUCCAAGAUCAGUGAGAUUAGAAAGACCUCUGGAGCUCGUAUCUCCAUCGCUAAGUCUCCUCACGAUGAGACUGGAGAGCGCAUGUUCACCAUUAUGGGUACUGCUAAGGCUAACGACUCGGCUCUCUAUCUUCUCUACGAGAACCUCGAGGCCGAGAAGCAACGCCGCAGUCAAGGCAAUGCUCAAGAAUGA